AUGAAUGCAGUGCUGACAGUGCUAAUGCUAGCAGGGAAAGGUGGAGAGUUAACACAUGAUGAAACUACCAUUAUCUCUGGAGCUUUGGAUUUGACCCAGAAGACUGCUAAAGAUGCUAUGACACCUUUAUCUGAAAUAUUUUCCCUUGAUUUGAAUUCUAAACUAGACGAGGAUACAAUGAGCUUGAUAAUGAGCAAAGGGCACAGUCGCAUACCUGUCUAUUCAGGAAGCCCAUCAAAUAUUAUAGGCCUUAUUUUGGUAAAAAAUUUAAUCAAAUGCCGUGCUGAAGACGAAACACCAAUCAAAAUUCUUACCAUCAGGAGAAUUCCUAGGGUGGGGGACAGUUUACCACUGUAUGAUAUAUUGAACCAAUUCCAAAACGGGCACAGCCACAUGGCUGCUGUUGUGAAGAGCAAGCACAAUGUUAAGGACUCUGCAGGAAAUGCAACAGACAAAAAUGACAUGAUCAUGAUAAACAUCAAUUCAAACUCAUCAAUAUUACAAAAACAAGCAGAGGGAAAAGGAAUUGAGAACAAGCAACAAGAGAGUAUCUAUACACAUGCACCACCAUCUGUGACUUCCAGCGACACUACUGAGAGUCAGAGUCCAGCAUUACAGUACAUAACGGAGCGAUGCAAUGAUAGCUGGCACCCCCAACCAAAGAAAGGAGGUGAACAAGGGGAUGCAAAUAUAACAAAGGAAGUUUUGGAAUCACUUCCAGAUCAAGAGGAAGAAGUCAUUGGUAUCAUUACUAUGGAAGAUGUUUUAGAGGAACUCUUGCAGGUUAGCAAUAUAUAUAACUAAUUAACUAGUAUUAAU